AUGAUGUUGCCAUCGCCAUCGUCAAGUCCGCCCCGGAGAGCGUCUAGGCCGAAGCAGCCCAGGACACAGUCGGCACCUCUUCAUCCACGGACGAGGACCCCACCAUUGGCCACCAUUGUGCCCACAUUUCUGGCCCAGCCCAAGUGCACACGCUGCACCGUCCGUGUCGUGCACGUAUCGACGCCCGGCAAGGACAAGCCGGACCAGACGCAGCGCGCUGUUGUGGAAUGGGGUGCGAUACCGUACUACAAGACGACGGGCCGGCCCGCCGAGUUUGUGUACUACACGACAGAGCGGGCCAACGACUUGCGACCAGAGCUCUUAGCCGCCUGGCAUGCGGCGAGGGCGCGUGGUCUUGAGAUUGGAGGCCAGACGGCUCUCGCGGGGUCGUCGUCUUCAUCGUCAUCAUCAUCAACAUCGUCCUCUACGGGACAGAUGCCGGACUGGAUAUCAGAGCGUCUCCGGGACUGCUGGGUCGUCGAACAGCUUGUAUACUGGGUCGAGUUCCUGCAGGAGUGGAAGUACUACCGAGACUACUACGUCUUUCGCGAAGAGCUGUUCGAUGGAGAGGUGCCCGAGAUUCUCUGCCCAGGAUGCAAGGAUUGCUCAGGACGCCUGGCAGCUCUCGUGCCUCUGCCUGAUUGCGACCUGGAAUCUGUGCCUGCUGAAACGGAGGUGCCGCCCUUGAAUAGGAGCACAAGUCAACCGGAGUCGGGGAAGAUGAUUGUCACCGAGUCGUGCUGCGAGGUCAAGCUUGAGACGUGCGAUUGA